CUUGAGGACCCUGGGUCCAAAGUUAAGAACCGUGAACGUUUGAGGAACUUGCCUUUACAAAAUCAACUGGAGUCGAGGGUGGGCUGAGCCAGGAUUCCAGCGUUGACGACUGAGAAACUUCUAGUUUUCCAUUUCAGCUGCGAGCUCGCAAGCUGGGACAGUCUGUGGUAUUUGGGUGUGAGAGAAUGGCCGAGCCCACAUCUUCACACCACCUGGCCUUUGUCUCCAGACCCGGAAUCCCUUGGUGGCAGUGUACUACACCAACCGUGCUCUGUGCUACCUGAAGAUGCAGCAGCCUGAGCAAGCACUGGCGGACUGUCGGCGGGCCCUGGAACUGGACGGACAGUCUGUGAAGGCCCACUUUUUCCUGGGGCAGUGCCAGCUGGAGAUGGAGAAUUACGACGAGGCUAUUGCCAAUCUGCAGCGAGCCUACAGCCUGGCCAAAGAGCAGCGGCUCAACUUUGGGGAUGACAUUCCUAGUGCCCUGCGUAUUGCCAAGAAGAAGCGCUGGAACAGCAUUGAAGAGCGGCGCAUCCACCAGGAGAGUGAGCUGCACUCUUACCUCACUCGGCUCAUCGCAGCUGAGCGAGAGAGGGAGCUGGAAGAGUGUCAGCGAAAUCAAGAGGGUGACGAGGACGAUGGCCAUAUCCGCGCCCAGCAGGCCUGCAUUGAGGCCAAGCACGAUAAAUACAUGGCGGACAUGGAUGAGCUCUUCUCUCAGGUAGAUGAAAAGAGAAAGAAGCGAGAUAUCCCCGACUAUCUGUGUGGCAAGAUCAGCUUUGAGCUGAUGAGGGAACCGUGUAUCACACCAAGUGGCAUCACCUAUGACCGAAAGGACAUUGAGGAGCAUCUGCAGCGUGUGGGCCACUUUGACCCUGUGACCCGGAGCCCCCUGACCCAGGAACAGCUCAUCCCUAACCUGGCCAUGAAGGAGGUCAUCGAUGCAUUCAUCUCUGAGAAUGGCUGGGUGGAGGACUACUGAGGCCCAUUGCUCCACCCUGCUUGAUAUCCUGGCUCAGGAAGGUCCUGAGGCAGAAGCCCCAGUUCCUGUACAUAAUUUGUGUCGCUGUGCCUGCCCCCAUCAGUUCUGCUGGUGGGCUCUGGACUGCUACCCCUCUCAGCAUAGCCUUUGCCAGGCUGUGAGUCUCUCAUCUUUCUGGGCUGGAAAAGCAGAUAGGGGUGGGUUGGGUUGAAGCUGCCAUUGCUGCCACUGUUCCUGUAAUAAAAUUUGUGACCUGUA